AAACACUUCUGGAAACAUCACAGCAAGUGACUCUUGGAAGGAUGACCCCUAAGGGGCUCCUUAUCAACUUGUGAUGGCCUGAGAUACAGGCUAACAGAAAAAAGUGCUGGAGCACUGGACCUGGCGCCCAUCUUAAAUUUGAAAGCCACCUGUAGGAGUGUAGAGCUAAGAGACGGUCAUCGAUCAUGUCUGAUGAGGAGCAGCCAAUGGAAAUUGACAUUGACGAUGACGCCACUACACACACAUCAUUUAGUUUUUACCCAAGUCUGUCCCAGGUCUGUAACCAAGACCCCCAGCAAACGCCCAAGAGAGAACUGCUGCCCCCCUUUCUAUCAUUUUCAGGAUAUUUUAGAAAAUCUCCUCCUGUAAGGGGCAAGAAAAGGCUUGCCCCCUAUGAGGUGGCCAGCACCAGGACAAUGUCUAUGCAGUUCUACCUCGUGAACAAGAAUGUGGAAAGGACACCUAAACCAGCAGAAGAACUCUCACUUCUUCUAGCAGGCAUGGGGAGACGCACGGUCAGACUCCCAGAAAGUGCAGACCACACUGAGGUUACAAGACUUCUGACUGAACAUUACCCAAAACUUUCCAGCUUAUCAGGAGGGUGGCUUCUGUACAAAGCCCUUGGUGGAUCAGGACAACGGAAACUUACAGUUGUCCCUCCGGAAGCUGCGGGUUAUAAUACUCAAUAUUUAAGAUCUGUGAGUGGAAGGGGGAAGAGCACGCUGUACAUAGUUCCUCUCCAGGAGGAACUCAAUACAUCUCCUCUUCCUGUGGGUGAACAUGAAUCCCAGAAGAUACCAAAGACGACCUGCCAAGCCUGUGGGCUGUCUUUGCCACUGCAGGUCAUGGCUGUGCACAUCAAGUCAUGCUGCAUUGACAGGUCAGCCGCGGAAAACGACAUGGAUAAUCAUGUAAAGUCUCCUGCUGAUGUAUCUGCUGUUAAUGAGUUGCUCUCAGUGAAAUCCUCAGCAGCAACUACUACAAGCUUAUCCAGCACUGAGGCUCCAUGUCCAAUCUGUCAAAGAAAUUUUCCACGGGAUUAUUUACAAAUCCAUGCCAGCUUCUGUUGUGACAGGGCAGAGGAAGCACCUUUCAGCACAAAAGAAGAUUCUAAACCAAUAAACAGUGGAAUUGAGAGGUCAUCCACAGAGACCAACAUGGAUAAUUACAUAAAGCCUUCUGAUGUGUCUGCAGUGCCACCCAAUAGUAUGAGUAAAUCCAGCAUUGAGGCUGCAUGUCCAAUCUGUCAAAGAAAUUUUCCACUGGAUUAUUUACAAAUCCAUGCCAACAUGUGCUGUGACAGGGUGGAGGAAGCGCCUUUCAGCGUAAAAGAAGAUUCUAAAGCAAUAAACAGUGGAAUUAAGAGCCUUGAUGAUGUUCUCCAGACCAUCGAAGCUGCAAUAUGUAAAGACGGCAACACAUUUGACGUCACAGUGUCGCGGCACAACAUGGUGGAGAGAGGGCUCACUCAGUGGCAGAGGCAGAAGAAGUCAUCUCCACUGAAUCCUCUGAGAGUGGUGUUUUUGGAUGAGGCAGGGAUCGACACAGGGGCGCUCCGCAAAGAGUUUCUAACAGGAAUGAUAGAAGGCAUCGAGAAGCGUUUCUUUGAGGGGAGCAGGCAUGGCAAGAGGCCCAAGUAUUCACUGUGUGAUUUGGACAAAGGUCACUUUAAGACUGUAGGAGAAAUAAUGGCUGCUAGUCUGGCCCAAGGUGGACCAGCUCCAAAUUUUCUUGCCUUAUGGUGCUACAAUUUCCUGUGCAGUGGGUCUCUGGAUUUGAAAAAUGUGGACAAAACUGAUCUGGGAGACAAUCAAUACACUAAUCUCAUUUCAAAAGUGGAGUCGGCUUCAAAGUUCACAAUUACAGACCUCACAGAAGACAUCGUGAGCUGUGGGUACACAGGAACUGUUAGCUUGGAGAAGAAGCAGGAAAUAACUCGAGCUGUUAUUCUCCACGCUACGCUGAAGCUUGUCCCCAUACUGCAGCAGAUGAGGAAUGGUCUGCAGUUGUAUGGCCUCUCUGAUCUCAUGAGCAAAUAUCCUAAAAUCUGCCAGCCGCUUUUCAUCCCUGGAGUAGAGAUGACUGCUGAUGCAGACUUUGUCAUGUCGGUUUGUCAGGCACAGUUUAGUGUGAAGGGCUCAUAUAAGGAACAAAGGGAGGUCACCCUGAUGAACCAUCUCCAAGACCUACUCCAGGAACUGGAACAAAAUGAGAAUCCACCUGGGCUGCAAGAAGCUGCUCUGCCCUCCAUGACUCCAAGAACAUUCCUUCAGUGGGUGACCGGGCAGGGACACGUUCCUAUUCUGGCAUGGGAGAAGGCCAAAUUCAGGAUAAUAGUGGAAUUUAAUCAUUACUGUGAUGUAGAUUACAGUGAGCACACAAUAUGCUACCCAACUGUGGCAGCAUGCAGCAGCACCAUCACAUUACCUGUUAAACACAUGUUAACAUACGAAAACUUCAAACAGAUCAUGAUGGAAGCGUUCUGUCUGGGCCAGGAAUUUCAUAAAAUUUAACUGCUCUCUUAAAAAAGAUUUUUCUUCAGUACUAUAUAUUUACUAGACUAUAGACUAUACUAUAGACUAUAUAGAACCUUGGACACUCAAAGAACUGUUUGCAUGCUUAAAGGGUUCUCUGCAUGGUGAAAUGGUUCUUAAGAUUGAUGUACAAUUUGUUGUAUAUGGUUCUAUAUAGCACCAGAAAGAAUCCCCUGUUUUUAUAAGCUUGACUCCAUAACAAUAGAAGAACUCUUUUUUGUUCUAUACAGAACCAUAUACAACACAUUCUCCAUCAAUAAGAAGAGUAAUUUUACCAUGCAGAGAACCAUUUAAGCAUGUAUAUAGUUCUUUGACUGGUCACUUCAUCAGUAUUUAUGGAUUAAUCAGGCUUACAUCAUAUUGACAUAUUUUCAGGGACCACCAACUCUAGAUUCUGCUCAGAACUCCUCUCAGAGCCUAGCUCAGGUUCUUGUAUGUCCUAGAAAUAAGUGAUAAAGACCAAUUUCAAAAAUUCACUACUUUUCUUUGCAGUCUGGUCUUCAAGCUUACAGCAGUGGUCCACAUUUUUUGCUGUAACUAAUUCACAGCGCACAGGCCUUAACAGCUGCCACGGAAUCUAUUUUUAAAUCAUGGUUGGAGCCAGUGGGCUUACUUAAAAUAGUGUUGUUCACAUAAUUUAAAAACCAUGUCAGAGCACUCGUAUUUUAAACCAAGAUGUAUUAAAGUUUUUCUUGAUAUUUGCAUUUUAUUUUACUUUGUACACUAAUUUCUUGUAUGUAGUUCUGUAAUGUUUAUUGUUUGGUGCUUUAGCCAGUUAGAGUUGUGAGGUAUUAUUUCUCUAUGGACUUGCUGAGCAUUUUCUUUGUUUACUCUCUCUCUCUCUCUCUCUCUCUCUCUCUCUCUCUCUCUCUCUCUCUUGUUUUCGUGCCUGACCCUUUGCUUGUUACAUCCGACUUUGUUUUUUGCCUUACCCUUUUGUAUUUGUCAGCCUGAGUUUGGAUUACUGGUUUCGACCCACGCCUGCCUUUUGGACUUCUCCACUGUCUCGUGCCAAUAAACCCAUUUUUGUAUCUCA